UUUCCAGACAGGCCCCUCCCACUACCAUCAGGAUAAAACCUAGAAUCGUUCACGGUUCCUUCAGAGAGAGGGUUGUAUGUUCAUAGCACAGGGUUUAGGUCGAAACUCGGUGAUCAUGUUGGUAAAGGUUUUAGCUCCACUCCUGACAGUCUUCUUAGCCCUUGCGAGCGCGGACAUGGUCGGUGCGCCUGAGGAUGCAGACAUAAACAGCCCGGAAGUCCAGGGUGCCCUGCGUUUCGCAGUCGCUCAGUAUAACGCAGAGAGCGACAGCAUUUACACCAGUCAAGUUGUUAAGGUGAUCAGUGUCCAGACGCAGGUUGUUGCCGGUAUGAAGUACAUCUUCACCGUUGAGAUGGCCAAGACCUCCUGUAAAAAAGCAAAAGCUGAAGAGGAUUGUGCUAUAAAUUCAGACCCAGCCAUCGCACAACCCCAUGAAUGCACGCUUGCAGUAUGGAGUCAGCCUUGGAUUGACAGCGUGAAACUGAUCGAGAAUACCUGCUAAGAGAGAUCACGUACUAUCAAAAGUGAUGAGCUUGUUUAAGAAAUUAUAUAUAAAGGUCCUUUAUUCAUCAGGCUGAAGUUGGAAAUAUGUAUACUUCUCUUUAUCAACUAACACCAAUAAACUAGGCUCUGAGUUUAGAAAAUGAUGGUUCUAGGGAAAAAAAAUAUUAAAUUGUAGGCAAUAUUAGGUAAUAUAAUUUAUUGUAUUGAUGAUGAUAAUAAUAAUAAUAAUAAAAAUUCUGAAUGUA